CCGCCACACAACCAUGACAUCAAUGUGCACCGGUGCGGGCUGAAAAGUUUCACCAGGCAAACCGGAUCGAAUGCACAUGUGAAUGAAUCGGGUUCAGAACCGGAGUCAAGCCACGUAAAGUUGUAACGGCAGCUGGCGGGGACAAGGUGACGUCUCUGUCUCACCCUGAUCUAAAUCUGUCGGCCGGGAGUGGGGGGCGGGCAGUCAGCCUCGCACUUCGAGCACCCUCGACUUGGUUUCCUCCAUCUGUCCCCCUUUUGGACCCCCAGCCAGCCGGACCACCGGGCUUUACCUUUUGCAAGAAUUCAAAGUGUUUGUCGAUGAUUUUUGAAUUUUUUUAAAAAUCUUUUUUCGGUCACUUUGGGAUUAUCGAUUGCACCGUCGAGAAGGAUCCAUAUUUUGUUUUCAUGGCAACGGACUCUGCGUCCGACACUUUGAAUGUACAGCAAUGACUGAAGCAGAAGUGAGGUCGUCCACCAGCACCACCACGAUGGUCAUUGACGGCAAGAACGGCGACGCCGGCUCGCCGCCCGAUGGCGCAUCAAAGCGAACUUUCGCCGAUGACAUUUACUCGACAUUCAGCUCACCGCUGGCGUGGAUCCUCGUGCUGGCGCUCGUGGUCACGUGGUCGUGCGUUUUUGUCAUCAUGUUUGACCUGGCGGAUUACAAAACCAUUUCAGGUCCUGGCGCCAGGAAGGUUUUUAAAGACUCAGAGCGUCGAGGAGGCCUUGGCAGGAUGAGCUCGGACCCGGCCAAGGCCGUCAACGACAUGGUGGAGAGGUCCACCAAUGCGGUCCAUGCCAUGUUGAAGUUUGCCGCCAGCUUAGUUGCGCCAGAUGAAGACGAUGGAAAUCUCUAUGCUGUGAGGAAAAAAGGGGAGUUCCUGCCAUCUCGAAGUAAAGUCACCAAGAUGCAAGUGAAGAAGUCACGGCCGGCAGUUGAAGAGGUCCACGAGGAUGAAGAAGAGGAAGAGGAGGAAGAGGAGGAUGAGGGGUAUGAGGAGGACUAUGAGGAGGAAGAAGAGGGUGCUGAAGAUGGAGCUGGUGUGGAUGAAGAGGAGGAAGAAGAGGAGGAGGAGGAGGAGUUGGAGGAAAAGGAGGCGGGCACUGAAGACGGAGCUGGUGUGGAUGGAGAGGAGGAGGAGGAGGAGGAGGAGGAAGAAGAGGCGGGCACUGAAGAUGGAGCUGGUGUGGAUGGAGAGGAGGAAGAAGAGGAGGAGGCGGGCACUGAAGAUGGAGCUGGUGUGGAUGGAGAGGAGGAAGAGGAGGAAGAAGAGGAGGAGGAGGAGGCAGCUGCUGGGGAAGAUAAGGAAGACGAGGGCAGUGAAGAAGAUGGAGCUGGUGUGGAUGAAGAGAAGGAAGGUGUGGUCGAUGAAGGAGUUGAUGAGGGAGAAGAGGAGGGAGAUGAGGCAGCUGAGGAUGAGGUAAAGGAGGAGGAUGAGGACGAUGCAGUGGAUGAAGUUGACGCUGAUGAGGAGGAGGACGAUGGAGCAGAAGCCACUGCAGAAGGGGAGGUGAAGGAGGAGGAAGAUGAGGAGCAGGAAGUCACUGCUACUGCUGAAGAUGAAACCUUCGAACCUCACACUGAAGAUGAAGAGGAGGAGGCUGCUCAGGAUGAAGAUGAGGCCGCCACACCCGAGACUGAUGACGAUGAAGAGGAGCAAGCGGCUGCUGAGGGUGAAGAAGAUGAGGCCUCCAAACCUGAGAGUGAUGAAGCUGCCGAAGAGGUGGCGGAGGCAUUUGCUGAUGAGGAAGAUGAAGAUGAGGCCACACCUGAGCUUGGUGAAGAUGACGACGAAGGAGAACAUGCAGCUGAUGAAGAUAAGGAGGAUGGCGAUGAAGAUAUAACAAGGGACGAAGACGACGAUGCCUUCGCUGACACAGAUCUUGCGCUCCCUCUCAGUGAGGAAGAUGAAGAAGACCUUCAUCUUGCUCUUGACGCUGAUGAAGAUGAUGACGAAGAGGAAGAAGAGAGCCAGGAAGAUGAAGGCGUUACUUCUGUCGCGUCAUUGACUGAUGACGACGAUGAGGAAGACCUCGCCCACGAUGAUGUCACAGACGAUGAGGAAGAUGAAGACAUAGCGCUACCUCCCUUGGAUGAAGACGAUGAUGAAGAUGUGGGCUUACCACCAUUGACCUUGGGUGGGGAAGAUGAACCUGCGCUUGACCUUAAGGAUGACAUCCAGUUGGCGCCUCAUCAGGAUGAAGAUGAGGACGAUGAGGAGGAAGAUGACUUGCUUUCAGGUAUAGUGGAUGACGAU